CAUAAAUAGUGAGCCAAAACGUUGGCAUUUUUUUCCAAAAGCAAAAGGAAAUCUUCGAGUCUGCAAAACCUUUCAACUCUAAAGACAUAGCUGCAAAUGGCUGGACAUGUUCUUUUUGCAAUCUUUCAACUUGCUUCGACUCUUGUAGUCCUUGUUCAAUCCCAGAAUCAAUCAAGAUUCAUCAGUAUUGAUUGUGGACUCGUGGAUCAACCAAGCUAUACAGAUGAAACAACUUCAAUAUAUUACACUUCAGAUGCCAACAUCAUAUCCACUGGAAUUAGUCACAGCAUAUCAUCUAAACAUAAGACACAGACCCCUAAAAGGCAGUUAUGGACUGUUCGAAGCUUCCCAGAAGGAGAAAGGAACUGCUAUACUCUUACUGCUCCGCAAGGAAGUAGCAGAAAGUUCUUAGUGAGAGCCAUGUUCAUGUAUGGAAACUAUGAUGGUGAAAAUUCUCUCCCCAAGUUUGAUAUUUAUCUUGGAGCCGAUUGGUGGGACACUCUGGUGUUUCAGAAUGCAUCUGAGAUAGUAACCAAAGAAAUCAUAUAUGCUGCUUCAUCAGAUUUUGUUCAUGUUUGCCUUCUUAACACCAACACUGGUGCACCUUUCAUAUCAGUGUUGGAGCUUAGAUUUCUUGACUAUGAUGUCUAUCUUUUUAGCUCUCUGGACCUCUUGGCUAGGCAUGAUCUUGGGUUGCUGGAUGGUGAAUUAGUCAGAUUCCCUGAUGACGCAUAUGAUCGAAUAUGGACACCUUAUAACACAAAAGACUGGAAACAGAUAAAUACCUCACUCCCUGUAGACCAAGGAUCAACAUCAUCUGGUUUAAUGAAUUACCCACCAUCCAUUGUCAUGAGAUCAGCAGCAACUCCAGCUAAUGCCGGCAACAACAUGGAAUUUAACUUUCUUCCUGGUUACAAUGCCUCCACAUUAUAUGCAUACAUGUACUUUGCUGAAAUCCAGAAACUCCAAGAAAACCAAACCAGGCAAUUUGACAUUUUCGUGAAUGGAGGCCUUCUCAGUGCUGAUAUCAGUCCUUUCUACCUUAGAACCAUUUAUUAUUUGGCUGUAAAACCUGAACCUUGGCUCAAUAUUUGGCUCAAUAGAACGGAGAGAUCAACUCUUCCUCCUCUUUGCAAUGCCAUAGAGAUAUAUGUGGAAAAGAAUCUCUCACAAACACAAACACAGGAAACAGAUGUUGAUGCAAUCAUGAACAUCAAGUCAUUUUAUGGGAUUAAGAGAAACUGGCAAGGAGACCCUUGUACUCCACAGGCAUACUUGUGGGACGGUCUUAACUGCAGCUAUGAUGGAUCUGGCACACGAAGGAUCACAUCCUUGAACUUAUCCUCUGGUGGAUUGACUAGAAACAUAGCUCCAGACAUAUACAAUUUGAAGUCCAUUGAGUAUUUGGAUUUGUCAGACAACAAUUUAGUUGGAGAAGUACCUAGUUUCCUGGCUCAACUGCAAUUCUUGAAGGUUCUAGACCUAGAAGACAAUAAGCUAUCAGGAACAAUUCCAUCAGAACUUAUAGAAAAGUCAAAGAAUGGAACACUUAAACUAAGCUUUGGUGGAAAUCCAAAUCUUUCAAUGUAAGCCGAUGAAAUAUUCAACAUGACAUGGAGAAGAGGUCCAAGGAGAAGAGAUUGAAGCUAAACCCAGGUGGAGACAAGUGGGGUGUCUAGAAUGUUUCAUAACAGAUUCCUAUGUUAUAGUUUCCUACGUGUGUCCUUAUUUUCCUAUUUUGAUGGUUUCUAUUUUUUCUAGUCAAGAGUCAAAAGUCUUUAGUUUACCGUUUUUAAUAAUUGUAUUUCUUGAAGUGAAAGACUAGCUAAAGUUAUGUAUGAAUUAAUCAGGAGAAUAAUCAAAAUAUAUGUAAAGAGGUUGUUUUUAUGGAGAAGAAUUUGAUGCCUAA